AUGUGGUUGCACAAAGGUUACCAGUCAUUCGAUCGUCCCAUCAGUGGUGUCGCAGUCAAAGUGAAGGGUAUUGCAUGGAAACAUGUAUUUGAACAUCAAAACCGUGAUGCAAAUGGAAUAAUUGUAUUGGAUAGUGGAGAUUACCUACUACAACCAACACAGAAUUCUGAAUUCUAUUUGGUAACAACAAUUAGACACUUUGUAGUACAACGUAUGACAACGUGUAGUGAAGGUGAUCGACUGCCUGAUGCACAAUGUCUAGAAGAUCAACACUGUCCAGCCGGUUAUCAAGCUGGAUUCCAAGCAUUCGGUCAUGAUGGUAUCGUACCAGAUGAGAACUCGAUUGCAAUCGAUGAGAGUGGACAUGGAAUAUUCACAGGGAAAUGUUUGAAAGAUCAUGGGAAAUGUGAAAUAUUCGGUUGGUGUCCAACUGGUGAUGACUAUGAAUAUGAAUUGAGGAAAGAACGUAAUGCGAGGAUGAGAUUGAUUCGACCACCAAAUAUUAUAGAAGGAUAUUAUAACUACUUCACAGAUUUACGAUUUUUAGAAGUGAAAAAUCGAAUUAAUGAUCUCACACCACAUUCCGUUGACCCUCUAUUCGAAGUUGUCAAUUUCACAAUGCUCAUUAAAAACAGCAUAGAAUUUCCUGCAUUCAAUACGAAACGACAAAAUGUUUUAUCCUGGAUGACAGAUGAUUAUCUACAAGAGUGUUUGUACAACCCUGAACACGAAGUCGAUCGAUACUGUCCCAUCUUCCGUCUCGGUGAUGUAUUCAAAUUCGCUGGGACGAACACCAAUCGUUUGUUGAAAUAUGGUGGAGUGAUUGCCAUCACAAUCAGUUGGGAGUGUGAUUUGGACUGGUCUCCUGAAUACUGUUUACCGAAGUAUGAAUUUCUUGAAUUGGAGAGUGUUCACAAGGUGCGUAAACUCCGAGUGAAUAAUUCCACUUAUAGUCGUCAUGGUGGUUAUAUGAAGUGGUCACCAACACAGUCAAAGGAUACAUCAACGUCAACAUCAACAACAAACCAACAAGGGAGAAUUCAGAUGGAAUAUUCGAUUACACAUAUGCAGCACACAUUCCGAAGGAUGAAGAUGAUAUAA